CGGGGUCGAGCGCCUUCCUCUCUCUCUUUCGCUCGCAGCUGCUGCUGAGCUCGUCUGUCGUCGAAGCCCUUUGAAUUUGGGGAAGUUUCCCGUGGAUUAUCGCAGUCAGGAGGGAUGCCGGCUGGUCAUGGUUUGAGGUCUCGAACGAGAGACUUGUUCUCUCGUCCCUUCAGACACAAAGGUUACAUUCACCUUACCACAUACCUCAGAAAUUACAAGAUCGGCGACUACGUCGACAUCAAGGUGAACGGAGCUGUCCACAAGGGUAUGCCCCACAAAUUUUACCAUGGCCGAACCGGAGUCGUAUGGAACGUAACCAAGCGUGCUGUAGGCGUUGUAAUGAACAAACAGGUUGGAAACAGAAUCAUCAGGAAGCGAAUUCAUGUGCGUAUUGAGCACGUGCAACCUUCCCGUUGCCGAGAAGAUUUCAUCGAGAGAAGGAAGCGCAAUGCCGUGAUGAAGGCCGAGGCUAAAGCUCAGGGUGUGAAGGUUCACACGAAGAGACAGCCAGAGGGACCUAAGCCCGGAUUCGUUUUGGGAGAGAGCGCCGUCUUGGAGACCGUUACCCCCAUUCCCUACGAUGUCGUCAACGACCUCAAGGGAGGUUAUUGAUUGUAAUCAUUCAAUGUCUGAUUUCUGCAGACUUUUUUUGGAAGAAACGGAUACAGAAGAUGUCUACGUGUUUAGGUGCUCUUUUGAGUGAGUGACUAUACAAAUCUUUCAACUCGUCACAUCUACAUGGAUUCAAGGACACCUCGUAUUUUGAUGGGCUCUUGUGCGUUCUGGAAUACUAUCUUCGCCACCUACUCGUCUGUCGUUACCUACAUUUUUGCAAUGUCGUAGAAUCCUUCCUCUGCGGCUUUCACCUCCGUG